UGGAGCGAGACAGCAGGUGAGAGGCAAGAGGUGAAAGUGGUGUAGCCCGCGUAAUUAGCCCAAUUUUACCAAGAAAAGAAAAAGAAUAUGAUGCGUUCAUAACUGCAGUUUUUUUGUUUUUGUUAUUUUUGAAAGUAAAUGUCGUCUUCAGCAUCAAAUCCCAAGGACUAAAACUUUCUCUUUAAAUUUUUGGAUUACAUCCGUGUCUAACAUAAUACCUUCUCUGCAAAAAGUAGCAUGGGAAUGUUGUGCUUGCAGUGACUGCUAAGUUCCAAAAACGAGCCGAUACGAGCUUUAAGGUGUGUCUGGGUGAUGGGGCUACUUUGCAGAUCGCCAUCAAAGGUAGGCAAGGGAAUCACGAAAAAUCAAAGCUGGCGGUUAAUGACGAUCUAUUGCUUCAACUAAACAAUCUUAAAGUGCAUAUGACAUGAAAUUUUUUUCCCCAUUGUUUCUUAGCCUGGUGUGUAUAAAAAACGAUUUUAUCCUUCAAACCAGGAAGAAACAUUUUCAAACCUUUUUUUUGGUUCAAAAUACGCGCUAUCUGCGAACGAAAUUGUCCUUUGUUCCGCGCGGCCAAAACGUCACGUGACUUUCUCGUGUGACGUAAAGUCGUGGACAAGCAUCGAAACCAACAUGGACGACAGUGCGGCGAACAGUGAGGCUUGCUCCGGUAAAAAGAAAAGAGGGGGAAGAUACUGCGUUGCUGGAGCGCCGAAUAAUACGAGUUGUAAGAACAAUUCUCAUACUGUUGGAAUCAGCAUGCAUCAGUUUCCAAAGGAUCCGGUUGUGCAAAAUAAGUGGGUGAAAUUCGUCCAAAGGCAUCGUGCCGAUUUUCACGAGUCCAGUGUCACCAAGUACACAUCGUUGUGUUCAGCGCACUUCGAAGAGUCGUGCUAUACGCGGAAGAUCUCCCUUGAUCUUGGCAAACACUCAAAACAGAAUAAAGUUUUGAUUCGAGGAUCCAUUCCUACGAGGGAUUCAGUUGUUCCCGAAAGAACAGAUACUCUCACGGAACGAAGAAAACGCCAAGUACAUCUAAAAUGAAGCGCACUAGCAGAAAGUGAACCUGGUGCUUAUAAGCGUGCAAAGAAGGACGAUUCUGUUUCAACUAGCACAGCCACUACAUG